AAAUACACAUAACAGUUAGGAAAGCUGCAAGUUUUCCCAGUUGGCUAAAAACGUCCAGCCGUGACAGUUCCAGCGCGCUGAGCCAGAGAAUUUCCUUCGAAAGGCUGUCGUGGCAACAUACACACACACACAUACACAUCCAGAUCCAGAUCCAGCCGAUACCCCCGUGGAGUGGAGUGAAAAUUCAUUGACGAUUGGGGGCGAAAAAGCUCUCUGGCCAUAAGCGAGUGAGAAAGGGCAACGGAGCGAGAGCGAAAGCGAAAGCGCAACCCUCGACAACAAAAACAACGAAGCGAGUUCAGCUGCACCACCCACACCAUACCACCACUAUCAUAACCACCGCCACAACCACAUUCCGACCUCCGCAGGCGACGACGUUGGAAUAGAGCAAGUGCAUAGAGCAAUCAUCAUUAGAAUCAUCGUCGCACCGCCAGCCGAAAUUGUAGAGACAACCACCACGGGCUGCCAGAGCACCACCUGAAGAAACCACUCAGAGAAACCGAACCGAAAACACAGCCCAACACAGAAAUGGCGGACGCUGCACCAGCUGGCGAUGCACCACCAAAUGCCGGAGCUCCGGCCGGAGAGGGCGGCGAUGGCGAGAUUGUGGGCGGGCCACACAAUCCGCAGCAGAUUGCGGCACAGAAGCGUCUCCAGCAGACACAGGCGCAGGUCGAUGAGGUGGUCGACAUCAUGCGCACAAAUGUGGAGAAGGUGCUGGAGCGCGACAGUAAGCUGUCGGAGCUGGACGAUCGUGCCGAUGCCUUGCAGCAGGGUGCCUCGCAGUUCGAGCAGCAGGCGGGCAAGCUCAAGAGGAAAUUCUGGCUCCAGAACUUGAAGAUGAUGAUCAUCAUGGGCGUGAUUGGACUGGUUGUCGUGGGUAUCAUUGCAAAUAAACUCGGCCUCAUAGGCGGGGAGCAGCCGCCGCAGUACCAGUACCCCCCGCAGUACAUGCAGCCACCACCGCCGCCGCCGCAGCAGCAGCCCGCCGGAGGACAGUCGUCGCUGGUGGAUGACGGAGGAGCAGCAGGCGGAUCAGCCGGAUCAACCGGUGGCGAGCACGGUGGCGUAUAAGUAACGUAAGGCCAUCCAGCCAGGAGGUCCAGCCAGGAGUUUCUUGAUGACGUUGAAGAUGAUGAUGACGAUUGCCGAUGUGGCGGAAACCGAAAACCAAACCAAAAAGGAAAACUCAGUUAUACUAGAAAAUCUCGAGAAUUGCAAAUAACUCAAUAAUAAUUUCCACUUAAACGAUGUUGAUGGGCACGAGUUGAGAAACGGGAGAGAGGUUUUAAGUAACUUAUGUCAUAAUAUUAAUACUAAAUCUAAAGAAGACGCUCCGGACAAAUUAAAGUUGUUGCUAAUUUGUUUAUGGUUACAUUAUUUCAUGCAUAAAAAAAAGGUAUAUAUAAAUAUAAAUAAAUUAUAAAUAUAUGGAACUUGAAAAUAUUUACGAGUAACUCGAAAAAAGAAAACCAAAAAAAACCCUAGAAAACUAUGCCACUUACUAAUACUAUAUUGUACUUGGAUCUCUAGGCUCCGCUGGCAACAAGGAGCGCCAGUGGAGCAGGAGGACAGGCGGUCGCUUCCCGAUGUUCGCAGCUCUUUGAACUCAGUUUCCUUAGCAAAUCUAAAAAAAAUAUAUAUAAAUAAAUGAUGUACUAACUAGAUGAAAUGAAGAGACACUACUAUUUCGGAACAAAAUCCCAUAUAGAGAAGACACAGCUUUGUUCCUAAGUAAAGUUACGCAAAAAAUUUGAAACAAAUAUUCGAAGUGUGUAAUCCAGAAAUAUAGAAACCAAAAUCGAAAUGCCAUAUAGCCUGAAGCCUGCAAUCGGUUUGGACAAAAAACUCGACACAAAAAACCAAUUAAAAAUAUGCAAAAAUAAUUGACAAUUAAAUGUAUUCAUGGAACUUUACUAAGUAACAAAACAUAUUAGAAAAGCAAGUGUAGUCAUGGAGGGAUCUGAUAUUUGAAAACAAAUCUAGUGAAAAUAUACAAAUGAGGUUUAUUUGCAGCUUUAUGUUUAUUGUGCAAUCAUUAACGUUGUGUUUAAGAAACAUAUUGUUCGAAAGGGUUCGAUUGAAAGAUGAAACCAAACAGUUCAACGAUUAAAAAUUAAGCGCUAGACACACAAUAUACGUUGGUUAUGAACAGAUUUGUUUAUUUAACUCGAAGCAGGCCGAGACGACAGAGGCAAUUAACAUAUGUAUGUAUAUUUCAAUGUUACGAGUAAUAGUCGGAGGAGGAAUACCCUAGGCAUAUACGAUAUAUCUGUGUGUAUAUGCAUGUAACGAUAUGAUAUUUAGAUCUCACACACUCCACCACCUACAAUCUCAGAACCCCAUAACGAUCAUCAGAAAUCAGAAGACUCAGAACCGAUUGCUUUGAGAAAAUCUUUGAAACUUUGAGACCCGUCAUCCCAUUCGUCGUAGCACAUAUUGUACUUACCUUGUUCGAAAAAUGAAAAGAAAAAUAAAUAAACCUAUAUUAACGAUUAAUGUAUUUACUAAUUGAUUCUACAAGCGCCUGCCCAAAGUGCUUUGCCUACUAAACCAAAAUGAUGAAGGCAUCGACAAAAUCGAUAACAAAUGAACCCCUGAAUAAUAUGGGAAUAUAACGAAAAUCCAAAUCCAAAUGCAGGUAUUUUAGCAAUAUUCGUAGCAUGUACAAUAUGUCGCCCUUAAAGCUUAUUAGAAUCUCGUUCAAUGUCCAUUACAAGACUCACCCAGACACUUCACAUGCAUAUAACCAUUACCAGAUAUAAAUCAAUAUAUGUAUGUAAUAACCAAUGACAAAUGUUUAGAAAAGCGUUUCGAUUUUUGUUUGGAUUUUAACCGAAAGCAAAAAAAAAAAAAACAAAUAAAAACAAUGUAUACACGACACCAAAGACAGAGUCUGGGCUAGGGUUUCCUGAACAUUGCCUUGCAAUAUUCGGAUUCUCUGGGAAAGGCCUUACAAAAUGGAAAUCCCGUAGGCGAGCCGAACAGACAAAACAAACUCUAAAAGAACAGACGGAAGAGAGAG